AUGGCGACGGAGUGCGCUGCCGCCGCGGCCGAUCUGGCCACCGGCCGUCCCCGCAAGCGGGCGAGGCUUGGCUGGGACGUGGCGCCGGCUGCCGAGGCUCAGAUAGGAACAUUUUGUGGGCAAGAAGUUGGUGAUGUGGCCAGCCUGCUAUUAUCAGCAAAUCCUUCCGACCAUACUUGUUCAUCUCUGCUCCCGAAGGGUGUGGCUCGAAAUGCUUCCCCUCCCUGGAGAGAAGACGACAAAGAUGGCCAUUACGUAUUUGCUGUUGGAGAGAAUUUGACCUCUCGCUACAAGAUAUACAGAAAAAUGGGCGAAGGUACUUUUGGUCAAGUACUGGAAUGCUGGGACCGAGAAAGCAAAGAGAUGGUGGCUAUUAAAAUUGUUCGCUCAGUAAAGAAAUACAGUGAUGCAGCAAUGAUAGAGAUUGAUGUCCUGCAGAAGCUUGCAAGAAAUGAUGCUGCAGGAAAACAUUGUGUUCAAAUACGGAACUGGUUUGACUAUCGUAGCCAUAUUUGUAUUGUCUGCGAGAAGCUUGGCCCAAGCUUAUAUGAUUUUCUGCAGAAAACUGGCUUCCGCCCGUUCCCAAUUGAUCUAGUUCGCCAGAUCGGAGAGCAACUUUUGGAAUCUGUUGCAUUCAUGCAUCGUCUGCAGCUAAUUCAUACUGAUCUGAAACCAGAGAACAUCCUCCUUGUUUCUUCAGAUUAUGUCAAGUUACCUGAUCCCAAGGGUGGAUCAUUCUCAAGGAAACUGCCAAAAUCAAAUGCCAUUAAGUUGAUUGACUUUGGAAGCGCAGCAUACCAUCACCAGGAUCGCAGUUACAUUGUAUCUACCAGACACUAUCGAGCCCCUGAAGUUAUUUUGGGGCAUGGAUGGAGCUAUCCUUGUGAUAUCUGGAGUGUUGGUUGUAUACUUGUUGAGCUUUGCUCGGGUGAGACACUGUUCCAGACUCAUGAGAACUUGGAACACCUUGCAAUGAUGGAGAGAGUUCUAGGCCCUCUUCCACGGCAGAUGCUGGAAAGAGCUGACCAGCAUGCAGAGAAGUACGUCAGAAGAGGAAGAUUGAACUGGCCAGAAGGAGCAACAACAAAAGAGAGCGUUAGAGCUGUUCUCAAACUGCCUCGCCUUCAGAACCUGGUGAUGCAGCAUGUGGAUCACUCUGCUGGGGACUUCAUUGACCUUCUGAAGCGCCUCCUAGCCUAUGAGCCCUCGGCAAGGUUGACUGCUCAAGAAGCGUUGAGUCAUGUCUUCUUUACCAGACACGGCAAAAACCACUCGUAA